AUUAUAUAUGUUGGGUUCAUUCAUUUUUGGGUGCCAAUAAUUUUUGGCAUUCUCUCGUAUUGUUCAAAUUCAGUGUAUUUGUUCGUUGUUUUAACCAAAAGUCGUUCUACAAUUGGAGCAUAUAAGUAUAUGCUCAUGAGUUUUGGAGUCUUUGAUAUAAUGUAUUCAACAGUUGAUAUGGUUGUGGCCAUGGGAUCUCAUAGUGAAGGAAACACAUUUUGUCUGUUUAUAUCUCAUGGACGUUUUGCUGAUGACCCGGAAAUGGGAUUUGUUGCCCUCUGUGUCCGAUGCAUGUUUUUCUUAUUAAGCUAUGGAGUUUUGGAAGUUCAUUUUAUAUAUCGUUACGUUGCUAUUUGCCGCCCACAAUGGAUUUCUUACUUCACAAAUCCCAAAUGUAUUAUCAUUCUUAUUAUUGGAGUCUUCGGGCAGGGAAUUGUCUGGUUCUGUUCUGUUUAUUUCUUCAUGUGGUCAGAUGAUGAAAUGAGAUCUUACUUAGAGACACCAUUCUAUCGGGAUUAUAAUUCAGAUGUUUAUAAAGUCCCAAUACUUGGAAGUACUUAUUGGGGUGCCUCCACAAAACUCAUCGUAUCAACAGGAAUCGUUAUUAUUUCCAUAAUUUCUUGCUGGACAAUAUAUUUCUGCUUGUGGACUGGUUGGACGAUUCAUUCGAAGCUGAAGGUGGUAGAUAUGAGCAAAAAUACUAAAACAAUGCACAGAAAUUUGCUUGGUCUGUUCCAAUCAUCCAUUCUCAACAAUUUCACUGCAGUCAUUGCUGUGGCUGCAUUUUCAUUUGUGGAUCCUCUAGAUAUCAUGUUGUUUCUUCCGGACUAUAGGAACGCUCUCUACAAAAUAUUUGUUCCAUGUUUGUUCAAGCCAGUCGCAAUUUAUCCAGAUUCCACAGCAAGAGAAAGUUCCAACAGGAGCUGA